AUGGACAAAAUCGCCCGGAUCCUCUUCAACGGCUACAGAUUUCUGAGGAGAAAGGGUUUAAAAAUCAGACGUGUUGCGAUACAGCAGGACUGGUGUCUUCCUCUGGCCGGUCUUUUAUGCUCCAAUACUCCAGAAGAUGAAAAGAGAGACGCUGUCAUUGAAAUGGGAAACGAGUUCGCCUCCAGGGGGUGGAUCUAUGCAGCACAUAUCUGCUAUGUGGUAGCACAUGUGUGGCUGGAUUCACGUCAAAAAUUUCAACUGAUUGGAUGUGACAGUGAGCCUGUCAGCAAUACAGCCUUGAGGGAGGCGAUUGAGAGAACUGAGGUCUACGAGUACAUGCUGUUUCUGAGCUCAGGAUACGGCCAACCGGACUUCCAGGUGUGCAAGUUCCUUCACGCCUGCAAGCUACACCAGGCUGGACAUACUUCUCAGGCGCUUGAUUACUGCGACAUCAUCGCAAAAAAUUGGUCGCCGGGUAUCAACUGGCAAGUUUUCAACAAAGCUUUUAUUUCCCUUUCUGUCUUGCAGUUCUCUAAUGAGCUGCUUACAGAAGAGAAGAGACAAAAAAUACCAGAGAGGCAUAUGAACCUUUAUAAAAUGCUCCAAGAAGAAAAUCCUCCAUCUAGCUCUUCUGAUGAUGAUGAGGAGUUCUUCUCAUGUGAAUCUGAGUUGCAGGAUUCAGAUGAGCAUGUUUCUUCAGACUACGGUGACCUUGAGUCACGGUACACUAUAGAAGAGAUUCUGGGGCAAGGAUGCUUUGGCAUUGUCUACAGUGGAGUCCGUAAUGAAGACGGAAAAGAGGUUGCCAUUAAAUGUAUCAACAAAAGAAGGCAAUGCAAAUACAUCACCAUUCCUGGAGAGACACGUAGCCUGCCUCUGGAGGUGGCGUUAAUGGAGAUGGUGUCAAGGCCUCCUCAAUGUAAUAACAUAGUGGCGCUGCUGGAAUGGUUUGAGACGCCUACUUUCUUCAUCUUGGUGAUGGAGCGACCCAACAACUGCAUGGACCUCUUACAAUUAUGUAAACGUUUUCAAAGUCCGCUGUCUGAAUCGAUGGCACAACUGAUUAUGCUUCAGGUGGUUCGAGCUGCUAGACAUUGCUGUGAUCGAGGAGUUCUUCACCGCGAUAUCAAGACCGGGAACCUUCUGUUCUCUCCAGAUACGUUUGAGGUGAAGUUGAUUGACUUUGGCUGCGGUGACCUGCUGACGGACAAGCCCUACACGAGCUAUGCAGGCACUCCAAAUUACUUCCCUCCUGAGUGGAUAAGCUCCUGUAAAUAUUUUGGUAUUCCUGCUACCGUCUGGGGUCUGGGUAUACUCCUGUAUUUCUUGGUUGUUGGACAGAUGCCCUUUGUUGAUUUUAAUGAGAUUGUUACAGCACAAGUACCCUUCAUUUCUAGUUUGUCUGAUGAAUGCAACAAUCUGAUAGCAUGGUGCCUGAAUAAAGACCCUGAAAUGCGUCCAAGUUUUGAUGAAAUCCUGAGCCACAAUUGGCUUGGUGAUCGAAUUGAAGACCCCUUGGCUCCAGCAGACCCCACCUAG